UUCCCAGCUCUGCUCCAAAAGAUGUGACGGUGAUCAGUAAAGAGGGAAAUCCACGAAUUAUCAACAUCAACUGGCAGCCUCCGACUGAAGCCAACGGCAAAAUCACAGGGUACAUCAUCUACUACAGCACUGAUGAGAACGCUGAGGUCCAUGAUUGGGUGGUGGAGCCCGUGGUGGGAAACAGACUGACCCAUCAGAUUCAGGGGCUGACUCUGGACACCGCAUACUACUUUAAGAUCCAGGCGAGAAACUCCAAAGGCAUGGGACCCAUGUCAGACGCGGCGCAGUUCCACACCCCCAAAGCGGAACCAUCAGACAAAAUGUCCAGUGAUCAAGGGCUGCAAGUCAAACCCGGUCCCCCGACCCUACCGGAGCACGGGAUUGGAUCAAACAUGGAUAAACCAGGCAUCACCGGCAGCCAGGAGAACCGUGUUCUGGUGAUCGUGGUGAUUGUGUCUGUUGGCGUGUUCACUAUCAUCGCUGUGGUCGUGGGGGCCGUCCUGUGCACGCGCCGGUCCAACUCCCACCGCAAGAAGAAGCGUGCGGCCUGUAAGUCCAGCACCGGCUCCCACAAGUACAAGAGUUCGUCUAAAGACCUGAAACCUCCUGAUCUGUGGAUCCAUCACGAGCGUCUGGAGCUCAAACCCAUGGACAAAUCACCCGAGCCCAACCCGGUCAUGACAGAGACGCCCAUCCCGCGGACCACCCAGGACCCCGCCGCUGAGCCCAGCCAUCAGAGACGGGGUCAUGAGGUGGAGGAGAGCGUGUCCACUUUGGCCGGUCGGAGGGGAGUGAGACCCAAAAUGAUGAUGCCGCUCGACUCUCAGCCUCCCCAGCAGUCUGUGAGGAAUCAGGCCCCUGCACCUGAACCUCUGGUUGCCCCGAGUCAGCCCUGCACUACAGCUGAGCUACAGAAGACUGAGGCGCUGAUCAAAGAAGAAGAGCCGCCGAGCAUGAACCCGCCGACGGCCCACGUUCGGCCCACACACCCACUCAAGAGCUUCGCCGUGCCAACCGUCACUGUUUCCGCCCAUAACCCACCCACCUAUGAGACCGCAUUACCCAGCACCCCUCUGCUGGCACAGCCAGUGCCCGGCGUGAAGACAGCGUCUAUCGGCACAUUAAAUCGAGCUCGAGCUCUGAUGGCAGUAACAGUCCCCAGUGCCCCUGACCAAUCAGAAACCAGCACGAUGCUGGACACGACGUAUGAGACAGAUGAACUCUCAGAGGAAAUGGCCCACCUGGAGGGUCUGAUGAAGGACCUGAACGCCAUCACCACAGACUGAACCACUGCAGUCACUCACGGCUGAACCGCGUCCUCAGGAACAACCGGGACAUUUGAAUGAACGCUGAUCUCAGAUCAGCCUUGAGAAUGACUGAAAACGGAUCACCGCUUCAUCUUCUCCAUCCUGCAUGGCAGAGAAUCUGUAAAACGAUGAAAACUCAAUGCCAUUUUCUCAACUCGGAUGAACAGUGCCGCACAGAAAUUUUUUUUUAAUGUUUUUUUUUUGGAGGGUUGUAUUUACGUAUUCUAUAUUUUUAGCCUGUAUAUGUAUGUUUUCAUUGUGUGCAAGGUCAUUUUAGGACUUUUCUUAGGACAAAACCUCACAUGCUCAAACUUUGGGCUUCAUUCAUGAAAUGCAAGCAGAAUAAUUUAGUGUAAAUUAUGCAUAAAAUCAUUCUUAUGUAAAUUGUCGCAUUCAAAUCAGUGCAAUCAUUUACAUAAUGAACGAUUUAAACCAAAAUUUGUACAUGGAUCAUGAAACCAUUCUCACAUAAAUGUUGCAUUCAGAAAACCAUUCUUGCGUAAAUUGUCAAAUAGACAUUUCCUCAGUGUCUACAACAUCACUUUAGUUGUUGAAUUAGAAUUGAAUGUCGAGAUUUACAUUAGAGCAGUUAUUGAACAAUUUACAAAUAAUCUACGAACAAUUAUUUUUGUUAGCUCAUGAAUUCUCAUGAAUAUUUCAUGGAUUUAUUUCAGCGUCUUACAUCAUGUUUAAAUGUUUCAUCUCUGGAGAGAAAUGAAGAUUUCUUGUCCUCAAACGCUGGUAGCAUUAAAAGUCUGAAUAUGCAUUGGAAAUUUCCACAUGGACAUACUGACUUCUUGCAGAUCUCGACCAUCUUAAUUCAGUCUGAAUCGAGUGACGUUGAUGUUUGGUGCUUCAGAAACUCCUCAAACGUGAGACUUUGUGAGAACGGAGAUGUACGUUCCUCUUCCUCAGGACCCUGAUGCCUGUUUUGGGGGCCCUAAAGAUUCAUCAUGAAGGAGUUUAAUGCCAAGUGACUCAGAUUUUUGUACUUUGAGAGAUAUAUAAAUAUAUAUAUGACAAACUGCAAAUGUUUGCUUAUGUGAAUACUUUGUACACUCUCAAAAAGGACAAUUUUUAUAUAUAUAUUCAUCUUUCAGUUGGUUUUUAUAUGAAGACGACACAUUGCUUUGUAAACAUUUUCCAUGUAAGUUAUGAACGGUUACAUUUUCUGCGUUGUGUUUUCACUGUGCUGUUUAGCCAAUCCCUUCUCCCAAAGAAUGAGCGAAAGAAAAUAUCAGCGACAAACUCUGCCUUGCUUGUGUAAAGUUUUUCACAUCAUGAAUGUCAAUGUGGCUGUAACAAGGUCUGCUUAUGAAUACAGUUGUUGUUUGUGUUUACAAUAACGGGGGAAGAUUAAAAAAUAAAUAAAAGACACCGAACUAUGUUAUAUGGUCGGUGUACCGUCAACUGUCAUUUGCACUUUUUAUAUUUUGGAUUUGAAAUGAAUCGCUGAUGCCAUGUGAAAUAUGAACCUAUUUUAUGUAACAAUGAUGUUCAAGGAAACGACUGGUUUCAAAGAC